AUGGAAUUGUACGGAGAGCUCUACGACUGUGACGAAUUGCUUGACGAAUACAACGCAGACUAUGGGGAUUCAAAACGACCCUGGGGGGAAGCCCGCAUGGGUGAGGAUACCACCGCCCAGUGUGUAGAAGACGAAGCGCACGUGAAAAACAUAGAGGUAGAUAUAAAGAACAACCAGAAAAACGUGUCGACUCAGUACCUAUUUCUUUACAUCAAUACGUUUAAGCAGAAAAACAUUAGGAGUGAAAAAACUCUGUACGUAGUGAACUUUUACGAUAUCCACAUGAAGAACGACGAUAAGAAUGUUCUGGAGACAGAGAAGAACAUAGUGGAGUAUUGCUUUGAGAACGUUUCGAGGGCAAAAAUGAGGGGCAAAAGGGACCACCAGGAUGGUGAUGAUGAUGAUGAUGAAGAUGAUGAUGAUACCGUAACCACGAGACAACACUGCAAGUAUUACCUGUUUAAGAUCUACGAGACGAUUUUGAAGUACUUCCCCUUCAGCUUCAAACUCUGGUAUCACUACCUAAAGGAUCGCAUAGAAAUGCUGAGUGGACUUUACUAUGACCAGAAGGAGGAGUAUGAAGACGUGAAUCGAGUGUUUGAAGAGUGCCUCCUAUACAUGUACCACUUCAAAGCAAUUUACAUUUUGUACAUACAGUUUUUGUUUCUCCAAAGGAAGGUGCAAAACAUAAGGAUUAUUUUUAACCUUGCCCUACAAAACAUCACCCUGAAUCAGCAUGAAGACCUUUGGGAGUACCAACUAAAAUAUAAUAAAAAUAUAAAAAAUAAACUAAUAAACUACGAAUACAUUAAACGGUACGUAACGAUUUAUCCGGAGAAUAUUGUCCAUCUAUUUAAUCACUACGUGAAGUACAAAAUGUGUAAACAUGCUCUGAAUACAUUUUUCUACAUGAUCAGUUGUGAUGACCAGGAGAAUCUUCAAUUGGAAGAAAAAUCCAUUUACGAUUUGUAUAGAGAGUUAUUUCACCUAAUUAGUUCACGAAAAAUAUUACACAACGAUGUGCUAGUAUCAUUAAGGAAAAACAUCGACACUUUUAAGCGAUAUGAAAAUGUAACUUCCAUUUAUACGUUGUUGGCAAAUAGCUUCGUGUAUGAGGGUCGUUGGAACAAAGCCAUGGAUGCCUAUGAGGAAGGAAUUUUGGAAUGCUACACGGUGAAUGAUUUUUCUGUGCUCUUUGAGGGGUACAUAGAAACGAUGAAGAUACUUAUUGAGUUGAAGAUGCAGAGAGAAGAAGGUAAGGAAAUUACAAAUAACAGCGGGGAGGAGACUGACGAAGAUAAUUUUGACCAUCUCCCUCCCUCUGGCAACGAUUGCGCGGACGAAUCCGUGGUGGACCUAUACAUGGACAAAAUAAAUUACUUGCUAGACAAGCGCAAGGUGUUCAUAGCAGAUAUUAAACUGAAGAACAAUCAGAAGAACGUCUAUGUGUGGUUAGGCAAAAUAGAUGCAGUGGAAACGACGGAAGAGAAGGUGGAUCUGUACAACAGAUGCUUAAAGCAUUUCGAAGAUGGAGACUAUGAGGGUCGAAUCAGUGAUGUGUACAUCAGUUAUGCUUAUUUCCACUACAACCGUAACGAGUAUGAGAAAGCAGUGAAUGUAUUCAAUAGAUCUGUUCGUUACCAUAAUUUUAAAACGUUGAAUGAGAUUGCAAGUGUGUACUGUUCCUGGAUAGAGGUAGAGUUACUUGAGGGCAAUUUUAAGAAGGCCUUGCGCAUAGCCAGAUUGGUUAUCGAUCUCAGUAACGGUGGGGGGCGAGGAAGAAGCAUUAGCAGGAUGAAUAACUACACAGGGGCAAACGCAAACGAAGAAAGUGAUUCACUCAUUGGAAGAAACAUACCAAUGCUGGGAGAUGAUCAUUUUAGAAGUCUAAACCAAAACUUCUGCCUUUUAAAUAACGUAAAGUUAGCUUGUCUCAUCCUAGAUUUGGAAAUAAAUUAUGGUACUAUUGAAACGUCGAUAAAUCUGUUUGAUAUACUGUACCACAAAAAAAUCAUCACGGUGAAAAUGGUUCUCUCCUUUGCCAACUACCUCUAUGAAAACAAGUAUUUUUAUGAAUGCUUCAAGACGUAUGAGAAGGCUAUUUCCAUCUUCCAUUAUCCUUACCUGUACCCAGUGUACGUACACUACAUAAGUAAAUAUGUGCAGCGUUACAAAGACAAGAAUAUUUCCUAUGUGCGUGAGCUGUACAAACAAGCCAUUUAUGGAGUUGAUGAAAAAACAUUUAUCCCGAAGGAGUUUGCUAAAAAUAUAUUCCUUAUGUAUGCUUCCUUUGAGGAGCAUUAUGGAUUUUUGAAGAGAUCCCUUUCCAUUUAUAAGGAAGCGGUUCCUUUCCUCUCCGAGCCUGACAAAGUCAAGUUUUACAAAGUCUUCAUUUCGAAGGUGUCCAAAUCGUACGGAGUACACAAGGCAAGGGAGGCCUUCGAAGAGGCCAUCCAGACUCUGAAGGACGACGACGCGCGUGAAAUAUGCCUCCUUUAUAUAGAUAUGGAGUACAAGCUGAACGAAUAUGAUCGCGUCCGGGCGCUUUACAUUUACACAGCUCAGUUUACCAACCCGUCUGUGCAUUUGUCCUUUUAUCAGGACUGGCGAGAAUUUGAAGCGCUUCAUGGGAACGAGCACACCUUCAGGGAAAUGAUAAGGAUCAAGAGGAGCGUCCUAAGCCUGUUCUCAAACGCGCGCACCGCCAACAAGCCAUUGGGUAUGUUGGAGGAUGAUGAUGUGAACGGCUUGGAGAAUACCAAGAGAAAGCUGCAGGAAAUGAUUGACAAUGAGGAGAACGCUCAGAAAAAGGUGAAGGUAGGUUGA